AGAUUGCUCGCUCGCCAGCCGAGGGCUGUCCCUUGCGGGUGCUGCCCUGGCCCGGCGGAGAGUGGGUUCUGCAUCGCUGUCUCUGAGCACUGGUUACCCCCGGCACAGCGCUGUCCCAGACAGGUCCCCGUCGGCAUGUCGCUGCUCGGGUUCAUGUCCGGCUCGGCCCGACCCCAAAGCCAUGGCGAUGCUCUCGACAUGGCAUCGAAAGGGUUUGCGGGCUGCCACAGUUGCAAUUGCGCAGCCCCUGCUUCGGGCCAGACCCCGCUUUUGCCCAGGGCGGAGGGCGGUCUCUUCGACAGGCCACCUGCAGCCGAUCUGCCAACCGCCUUCUGGCCCCGCAAUCCGCCACCAUGUCCAAAGAUGCAACCGUCUAUCUGCUUGAUGUCAGCCGACACAUGUAUGCCCAUCCCAGGGCGCCGGGCGAAACGUCCCAUCUCGAGAAGGCCCUGUUUUGCAUCCGCGAGCAAGUCCAGGCCAAGCUCAUCCAGGGUCGCAAAACCGAUGUGAUCUGCGUGAUUCUGAUGGGCACCCAAGAGACCCACAACUAUCUUGCUUUGGGCGACUCUGAGCAGUACCAGCACGUCAGCAUCCUGUUUCCGGACCAGUUCAACCUGCUGGCUGUUCCAAGCCUCUCGCUGCUCGAGGCGAUCCAGAAGCCCGAGAGCCUUGAGGGCCAAGACGAGUGCGAUGUCGUCGACGGACUCAUUAUCGGACUCAUGACCAUCGACAUGUUCUGCCGCAACCUCAAGUACACCAAGCAAAUAUUUCUGUACACAUGUGCCGAGAGCGCCUUCGUCGUCGACGGAAGCGACGAAGUCAUUGACCGAGCAAAGGAAAUGAAUGUCGCCGUGAAUGUCAUCGGAUUUAAUUUCGGCAAGCCAGAGUCAAGCGAAAUCAAGCGGUCUACGGAGCAGUAUCUGGGCCAGUGCAUGGAAACCACCGACGGCGAGCUUUGGGAUGGCGACGAGGCCCUUGCGCUUCUGCAGAGUCUCCACACGAAGAAUGUCAGGCCCGCGACUCUCUUCCGGGGGCCCUUGGUCUUGGGCGACCCGCAGCGUUAUCCGACCGAGACGCUGGCGAUCCCCAUCUUCAUGUACAACCGGACGGUCGAAGCAAAGCUGCCGACGGCCAAGAAGUGGUCCAAGGUGGCGCCGAACCAAGAGACCGUCUGCAUGGUUCGGGCGAGCCAAGCGUACUACUCGGUCCAUUCGGAUGGUCUCGACGGUAAUUUGCAGCCCGGUGACGAUCGGCUAGAGAGACAUGAAGUCAUCAAGGGAUACAAGUACGGCAAAACAAUCGUGCCCUUCAACACCGUCGACGAGGAAGCCUUCAAGCUCAAGACCGAGAAGAGCUUCAACAUUAUUGGAUUCAUCAGCUUGGACAAGGUCCACCGAUGGAUGUUCAUGGGCAGCGUCGCCUCGGUCAUGGCCGAGCCUGGCAACCUCAGCGCCAGCCGCUCGUUCUAUGCGUUCUGUCGGUCGCUCUAUCAAACGCAGGCAUGCGCCCUUGUGCGCUACGUCUCCAGAGACAGCCUUGCUCCGAAAAUCGGGGCGCUUAUACCACGAAUCGACACUGGCGAGACCUACUGUCUGUUUGUACAGCUGCCGUUCGCCGAGGAUUGUCGAGACUAUUCGUUCAUAUCACUGCGCCCUCUUACCGAGCCCACGCUCGGAUUACCCGAGAGUAACCGUGUCGCCAGCGUCUUGAACUCGUCAACGUCCUUUGAUGCCCACUCUGUGGGCUCGGGUGUCUCAAAGGGUACGUCCGUUGCCGGCCCGCCCGCCAAGCGAAUGAAGUUCGAUGCACGGCGGUGCUCGGACGAAGAGGUUCGUCAUCGCAUGGACGACUUUGUCGAUUCGAUGGAUCUGAUGAAUCCCCCACCAAGCGGCUCAGACGGCGAGGCAUUCAAAUCGCAAGACGUCUUCAAUCCGGUGUACCAGCGGCUAUGGCAGUGUAUCAUCGCGCGGGCUCUGAACGGGCCAGCCUCGGAGAUCCCCCCGGUGGAUGCUCGGUUCAUGGCGGGGAUCAAACCACUACCGGAGCUGGAGGAGCGGGCCAAGGAUGCAUCGCUCAAGCUCUCCGAGGCCUUCAAUGUCAAGAAAGUCGAGAGCAAAAAGUCCAACACAACAAAGGAUGUAUGGAUGGCCCGAGCGAGAAACGCCAACCUUCCGCUUCUCGAUGGCCGCGAGGGCUCGGUUGCGCCGUCCGAGUCCAGCGUUUCCUCGGAGAAGCGCCGCCUGGCCGAAUUGACCGUUGCCAAGGUCGAGAAAAUCGGAUCCAUCACUCCUGCUGCUGAUUUCCGCGCCAUGUGUGCUCGUCGGGACAAGGACUGCAUCCCUGCUGCUAUGGAGCAGAUGCCCCAAGUCAUUCUCCAGCUCAUCACCAACUCAGCCGAUGGCGAGUACUACGACAAGGCUCUCGAGGCCAUCCACGAGUUUCGUCGGGGCUGCAUCAUCGAGAGCGAGAGCGACUGCUUCAAUGCCUUCUUGGAGCGCCUCCAAACCGAGACCCUCGUCAAGACCCGCCUGCACCACCGGUUCUGGAGCGGCCAUGUCGUCCCCGGUGGCAUCGGCGCCAUCACCAGCGACGAGUGCCCGGACUGUGGUGCGCACUGAGGCAAGGGCGCCUGUCGAAACCGGGGCCGAUCGCAUGCUGCGCCCACGU